UCUACAACCUUCAGAUGUGGUAGUUGAUCUUUAACUGAAUGUAAUGUUCCUCAUUUUCACCAAAUAACUCACUUUCCCUGUGAAUUGGAAAAUGGAGGGGGGAAUAAGGGAAAUCAAAGAAUUCCUUUCCUUGUGGCUUUGAAGGCCAAUUUUAAACUUUCAAGCCAACAAUCUUCUUCGCUCUUAAUUUCAAAAGCUCGGAAAUUGCGAUAGCAGGAAAUAGUCUAGGUUUAGGCAACAGUGCAACACCAUUCCAAUAAUGUUGUUGAAACCCAGAAAUUUAUAAACACGUGAAAUUCGUCUGCUUCAAAAUCCCACUUGGUCGAGACUCGUACGAUUUACUCUUCCAGAAAAAAAAUGUUUCGAUUUUCACGAAGAAUUUUUGGUCGAAAACAUGGAGGAAAAACAAAAUUUUCGUCCACAACAUCAACAACGGCAAAUCCAGUGCCAGUUCCACCGACACCCGUCGAAGAAAAAGUAUCCAAGAUGGAUCAGUGGAAAAAAUUCUGGACAAUUCUCUACUCUGACUAUAAAGAUGUUGCAGUUGACACUAUCACAGGCAUGAAGGAAAAACCUAGGAAAGCUGCAGCAUAUUUUACAGGAAUUGGCUGUGUGUUGUAUGCAAUGGAAACAAAUCCUGAAGCACGGACUUACUAUGAAACAAUGGUAAAGGCAGCUGAUGACACAAUUCUGGUUUCUGAUGCCAAUCUCAAUCCAGUCACUGACAAACGUCUUUGUUUAAUCCGGCAAAGUUACAAUGAAGGAACAGUUCACUGCUUAAAUUUGGGUGUAUUUUCCUUGAUUUGGUUGGGGAACUAUCAUCAGGAUUGUGGUAUUUAUCCCUCUCAAUGCAAAUACUUGAAACCAGGAAUAGUUAAUUUCCACAAGAGGAUUAUUGAUGUUGGCUUUCUAGGCCAAUGGUGGAAUAUUAAUUGGUACAUGAAAGACUUUGAUAUAAAUGCCAUUGAGUUUUCUGGUCAGUAAGAAUUUUAAAUGAUGUAUAGAGAAACAAAUGCAAUUUCUUUCCAAACUUU